AUGCCUAGCCGCCGCAACCUCCAGAAGAGCCUCGUCUCAACCCUCCUCUGCGCCGGCAAUCUCGCAUCUGCCAGCCUUGUCUACGUCUCUUCAUACUCUCAGACGGUGACGACACUCAACUACACCCAUGGCCAAAACACAGGUAUCCAGAAGUUGAACCCUGUGGCCGUGUCUCAGGGCUGCUCUGACAACCCUUCAUGGCUCACUCUCGACGCCCCCGACUCAAUUCUCGGCGUUGUGUUCGGCAACAACCGCCAUGGUUUGGCCGUGGCUCACUAUGGCGGCUCCGCUUUCACCACCUGGGACGUCUCCAAUCCCAACAGCCUCAAGCUCCUCCAGACCAAGACCUUCAAGCUGACUGGUCCUCCCUCUCGCCCCGACCGUCAAGAUGCGCCUCACCCUCACGAGGCCGUUCUUGAUCCCACGGGCAAGUUCCUGCUCGUCCCUGACUUGGGCAUGGACCUCAUCCACCUCUACUCCUUCGACCCAAACACUUUGGCUCUCAAGGAUAUCACGCCGCUCAGCGUCAAGCCCGGUUCGGGCCCUCGACACAUUACAUUUGUGGUCAAGGGUAGCAAAACCUUUGCCUAUCUCGUCACUGAGCUGGGCAACACCAUUAUCGGAUACGACGUGACGUAUCCUAACGGCCAGAUCAAGUUGACUGAGAUCUUCAACAUUCCCAGCCACGGCGCGGGCCCGGCUGAGCCCAGCAGCUACGCCGCUUCUGAGGUUGUCGUUUCUCCCGACACAAACUACCUCAUUGUCUCCUCGCGUGCCGAAAACAGCACCUCCAUCCCCGAUUUUGACGACCCUUCCCGCAUCAUCCCAUCGGACCCUCUGAUCAACUUCAAGAUCAACCCUACAACUGGCCAGCUCCAGCUUCUGCAGGUUGUCCCGGCCGGUGGCCAAUUUCCACGCCAAUUUUCCAUCAACAAGGAGGGCAACCUGCUCGCUGUCGGUCUGCAAAAUGAUGGUCGGGUCGUCUUUGUUGAUCGUUGCCCUGAGACUGGCCUUCUUGGUGGCUUUGUUGCAUACGCGGAUAUCGAGGGCCAGAUCACCGCGGCCAUCUUUGAUCAGAAAUAG